AUGACGGGCGUUGUUGUCCCAGCUCCAACGGGGCUCAACUGGGCCGUGGGGCAUGACGGGAGCCACAGCGCGGCCGCUGGCCCCGAGCCGCCGCUGUCGCGUUCCAAAGAGCGAACGCCAGGGGCUGCCCGGCCCGGGACGGCUGAGGGGCGCUCGGGGCCCGUGUCUGGCCCCGGGCCGAGCGCUGACAGCCGCGUCUCGCCGGCAGGGAAGGUGGAGCACGGCAUUAAGGAGCGCUACCAGCUCGGUUCGCUGAUGGGGCGCGGCGGCUUCGGCAGCGUCUGGGCGGCGACCCGGCUCUCGGACGGCGCCCCGGUGGCCAUCAAAAGGGUGCCACGGAACCGCGUCCGACACUGGGGUGAGCUGCCCGACGGCACCAGCGCACCAAUGGAGAUCGUGCUCCUGGACAAGGUGUCCACUGGCUUCCCUGGUGUUGUCCAGCUGCUGGAGUGGCUUGAGCUCCCCAGCGACAUCCUGAUGGUGCUGGAGCGCCCGGAGCGGUGUCAGGACCUCCGUCAUUUCAUUCGGGCACGGGGGUUCCUGUCCGAGGAGGUGGCGCGGCAGCUGUUCCGCCAGGUGCUGGAGGCUGUGCAGCACUGCACCAGCUGCGGAGUCCUGCACAGGGACGUCAAACCGGAGAACAUCCUCGUUGACCUGGCCAGCGGGCAGGCAAAACUGAUUGAUUUUGGCUGUGGCACCUACCUGCAGGACACAGCCUACACUCACUUUGCAGGAACACGGUCCUACAGCCCCCCGGAAUGGACCCGCUUUGGCUGGUACUAUGGCAAGCCAGCUACCAUCUGGUCCCUGGGCAUCCUGCUGCACCAGAUGGUCUGUGGGAAGCACCCUUUCAGGAGGGGCCGGAACAUCAGCUGGAACCAUCAGCUCUCACUGCCACAACGGCUCUCUCAAGACUGCCAAGAUCUGAUCAAAAGGUGUUUAUCCAUGCUCGACAUAGAAAGGCCCUCAUUAGAAGACCUGCUUUGUGACCCUUGGAUGCAGCAAAUUCACGAAGUGUUCCAGGUGGGGUCCAGUGUGGAUCAGGAGGUGCUUGGGACCAGCUGCGGUGUGGACGGGCCGUGCGCUUGGAGAAGGCUGAGGACAUCGUUUGGGACCAGCUUUUCUGACAGCAGCGAUGGCAUGAGGGCUCUGCUGCAGCUCAGCACCGGGCCCGAAUCAGCCAAAGGAGAAAUGGUGUGA